AAAAACGCCAAAAAUCCGGAAUUUUGGUGCUGCCAGGUGAACUCCCUGGAUGACAACGGGGUGCUGGUGGGGAACUGGACCGGGGAUUACUCGCAGGGCACCAACCCCUCGGCCUGGGCCGGCUCCGUGGCCAUCCUGCGCAGCUUCCACGGCACCGGCGCCCCCGUGCGCUACGGCCAGUGCUGGGUGUUCGCCGGCGUGGUCACCACUGUGCUGCGCUGCCUGGGCCUGCCCACGCGCACGGUGACCAAUUACAACUCGGCGCACGACACCGACACCUCGCUGACCACCGACAUCUACCUGGACGAGGCCAUGCGGCCCCUGGAGCGCCUCAACACCGACUCUGUCUGGAACUUCCACGUGUGGAACGACUGCUGGAUGAAGAGGCCGGACCUGCCCCAGGGCUACGACGGCUGGCAGGUGGUGGACGCCACGCCCCAGGAGACCAGCAGCGGCCUGUUCUGCUGCGGGCCCUGCUCGGUCACCGCGGUCAAGAACGGCGACGUCUUCCUCAAGUACGACACGCCCUUCGUCUUCGCCGAGGUGAACAGCGACAAGGUGUACUGGCAGCGGCAGGCGCACGGCGGGUUCGCGGUGGUGCACGUGGAGGAGGGGGCGAUCGGGCGGCGGAUCAGCACGCUGGGCGCCGGCUCCGCAGCCAGAGUGGACAUCACUGACCAGUACAAACACCCCGAGGGCUCGGAGGAGGAGCGCCGCGCCGUCUCCGCCGCCACCUCCCACGGCUCCCGGCCCCGGCAGCGCGGCCCGGCCUCGGCCGGCGAGGUGACGCUGACCGUCGGCGCCGGGCCGGCCGUGGCUGGAGCCGAGCUGGAGCUGAGGGCGGGGCUCAAGAACCAGGGGGCGGAGCCUCGGACGCUGCGGCUGCGCUUCUCCCUCUGCGCCGUGCGCUACACCGGCGUGGCCGGAGCCGCCUUCCGGCAGGAGCAGCACCGCCGGACGCUGCCACCCGGACAGGAGGACACGGUGACAAUGACGGUGGGCUACGCCGAGUACCAGCCCCACGUGGGUGACAAGGACGCGCUGAAGCUGACGGUGGCGGCGGCCGUGCAGGAGACGGGGCAGGUGCUGGCCAAGGAGCUGCUGGUGCGGCUGCACACGCCCGAGCUCACCCUGACGCUGCUGGGCCCGGCCGUGGUGGGCCAGGAGGUGCCGGUGCAGGUGGUUUUCCAGAACCCUCUCCCGGAGCCACUGACUGGAGCCUCGUUGAGGAUGGAGGGCGCCGGGAUCUCCUGCCCCAAACCAGUGUCGCUGGGGUCGGUGGGGGCGGGGCAGACGCUCCGGCUCAGCCAAUCAGUGACGCCGCUGCGGGCCGGACAGCGCCGCCUGGCGGCCACCCUGGAGAGCUCCGCCCUCCCCCCCCUGAGCGGCAGCCUCCAGUUCCAGGUGGCCCCGGGGGAUACUGGGAGCACUGGGAGCCUUACUGGGAACACUGGGAAUGCCGGGGGCCGGACUGGGAGGAGGAGGAGGAGGAGGGGGAGGCCUGGGGGCAGCACGGGGGGGUGAACUGGUCCAUACUGGUUUGUACUGGGAGCCUUACUGGGAGCUGUUCUGGGUCAUACUGGGAGCACUGGGAGGGGUCACUGGACCAUACUGGUCCAUACUGGGAGCACUGGGAGCCAUACUGGGAGUACUGGGAGGCGUACUGGUUCAUACUGGUCCAUACUGGGAGAGGGCUUGGGUCAUACUGGUUCAUACUGGGAGCACUGGGAGCCACUGGGAGGGGUCACUGGGCCAUACUGGGAGCCAUACUGGGAGCACUGGGAGGGGUCACUGGUCUUUACUGGUCCAUACUGGGAGCACUGGGAGCAAUUCUGGUCCAUACUGGGAACACUGGGAAGGGUCACUGGGCUUUACUGGUCCUUACUGGUCCAUACUGGGAGCCCUGGGACCGCCCCAGUCCCUCCCCAUGACGCAACCGCUCCGCGAUGACGUCACUUUCCCGCCCCGCAAUAAAGCGCAGUUCAAAAGCA